UUGAAUUUCGAGAAAAAAACAUUACAAAUUUUUCUUUGUUUUAAUGGAGAAUUUCUAGCUUUUUUCAACCAUGAGCCGUCUUUACGACACUAUAGAGCCUUCUGUUAUCGAUGAGCAUAUGCUCAAGCAGGCUGUGGAGGAACAAGGACCGAGAGGAGAAGCAGGAAGGAUCGCUAAACAAGAAGGGGUUGACUUUGGAGAAGUGCUGUCGUUGAGAUUGGACUUUAAAAAUGUUCUAAAGAUAGACAACCUAUGGAGUUUUGUUAAUCUAACUACCUUACAACUUGAUAAUAACAUUAUUGAGAAGAUUGAAGGCUUGGACAUGCUAGUCAACCUUGAAUGGUUAGAUCUGUCUUUUAAUAAUAUUGAGGUGAUUGAGGGUCUGAGCAAGCUCACUAAGUUAAAAGACCUAACCCUGUACAAUAAUAGGAUCUCAAAGAUAGAAAAUAUGGACAGUCUGAGAGAACUCCAUGUCUUUUCUAUUGGUAAUAACAAUUUGAAACAAUUGGAUAAUGUACUAUAUUUAAGACAGUUUAAAAGCCUGCGCACCCUGAACCUAAGCUCCAACCCUUUUUGUGAAGAUGCUAAUUACAAGGAAUAUGUGAUAGCACAUCUGCCAGACCUGGUGUAUCUGGAUUUUAGAUUAGUUGAUGAGACAGCCAGAGAAGUGGCUAUGGAGAAAUAUAAGUAUUCUAUUGAGGAGCUGGUACAUGAUGAAACAGUCACUGAACGGAAGAAGAUGGAGAAGGAAGCUAAAGAGAAUGAAAGACAGCUACACAAGGAAGCAUAUGUUGAAGACCUAAACACUUCUCAUCUGUUUGAUGCCAUGUAUAAUGAUGAUCCUGAUGGUGAAAAACUGUCAGCACUGCCUGGCAUGGAAGAUAUUAUCACAGCUUUCAAGGAUAAAUUCAUGUCGAUCUGCAGUGAUAUCUUCGAAUUUGGUCUACGAGAAAGAACUAAACGAAAAGAUGAAGUAGACUCAUUCUUCUCCAGUUUGGAAGACGCUCUGUUGGAAAACAAGAAAGAUGGUGUUACUCACAUCCAGGAAUAUAUAGAAUUCAAGAAAAAGGCUUUGAUAGACUACUCGAAUACCAGUGAUGUCAAUAUGUUAGAGAGUAUGAUGAAGGAGAUUGUAGACAAGGUAGCAAAACUGUGGGAUUCACUGAUGGGGCUGGAGAUGCAACUUGUGGAUCAGCUGGAGGACACUAUCAAGGACUUUGAGAGAAACAUGGCGGACAUGGUGACUUCAUUCGUGGAACACGUACAAGGACUAUAUCCUUGAAAUACUUUCACAACAUUACUGACAAUAAAACGUUGGAUUUAUAAAAUAAGUGAUAUAAAUAUCAUUUUAUUAGAAAAACUGAUGAAGAAUGAGAUGGAAGAAGACUUACCCGAUGAUCUGAGAAUGCUGUUCGUUGACAAAGAUACCAUCAUGAAUGCUGUCAGUGCAUCCCACGAUACGCAUCUAUUAAAGAUAGACAACAAGGAGGACGACAUAGUAACACGUGCUAACACUACCAUGCAGACCUUACUUGAAAACAUACACAACACUGAAGUAAAGAGGAAUCGAGAUCGUGUGGCUGAGAUUAACAACCUGGUAGAUCACUUUAGAGAUGAAGCAGAAAGCUACGAGAUGAGUGGACCUAUCUAAUACAAUGUCAGUUACUAUCAUACACGUAUUAAAUUUCGAAAUUAA